AUGGGCUCUAUCAUUAAGAACCAUCCAAACUAUCUAACUCUCAACAGUUUUGAGUUUUUAGAUGAGCUUCCACUGCUCACACCUGAAGAAACGUGCACCAUUGAAAAAAAUUUUGUCCAUCUCAAUAAGAAUCCACCAAACCCUAAUAACGAUUGGAAAAUGGAAGUUGGACAUGUGCACCCUUGGGUUCAGAAUGUUUACGAAUCUUUGGCGAAAAUAUGGGGCCUUGCCAUUAUCCAGGAUACGCAUAAUGGUGGUCCUAGUGGUAGCAUUUAUGCGGAUCAUUACCUCACAUACACGACGUGGCAGAAUUUAUACACUCAAAGAACAAUCGAUUGGACAAAGUGCUACGCAUUUGAGGACAAAUUGGAAUGGUCGAGUUCCUCCUUAGACCAAGCAAUGGUUCAGUGUCACAGAUACUCCAGACAUUUCUUCGACACGAGUGAGAAUAGUACGCAUAAAUACUUCUCAAUCAUUACCAACGGUUCCAACUAUGCACUUUGGUAUUCGUACUUGGACAAGAAAGGUGAUAUGUUCGGUGGCUUGACGGACAGCAUCAAGUGGUGCAAGGAAACGCUGCUGAUUGUCGGACGUGUCUUCAAGUCUUUCGCCAAAGCUAACAUCGGCAGACUCCGUGCUAAUGCUUCUCCACGAGAGCUUGAAAGCUUUUUUCCCAGCAAAGACAUCGAUUCUCCUAAGACAACAUCUACCUCAUUGCCCCGUCGACAUGUGAACAUAAAUAAAGGUUUAUACGACGUGAUUCUGGAAUGGGCAGUAAAACGCUCUCAAUUCGGUCUCCCGAUCGUGUCGACAAGUAUCGGUGAAGUUGAAGCAUAUCGAAUUUUGGGGACUGGGUCCAGUUCUAUUGUCUUCGAAGCGUACACUCCGGAGAAUGUACGAGUAGCACUUAAAUACAGUUUGGAUGAUCGUUGUCUGGAACGCGAAGUUCAGAUGUUGAAAAAAUUCGAAAAACUCGAGGAUAUUCCGAAAUUAUUAUACGAAGAUCUCCAUAAUCCUAUUAUGAGUAUCCCUUGCAUUGUCACCAGCAUGGUUGGCAGUAAAAUCACGAAGGUUGAUGUGACAACUGCCUGCAACAUCAUAACUGAUGUUGUUGAAAUUCUAAAGGCCCUUCAUAAAUACGGGUACAUACAUAACGAUAUUCAUCCUGGGAAUAUCGUAAAUGUUAACGAUAAAUACCGGCUGAUAGACUUUGGCUUCGCUGUUCCGCUCUCCAAGAAAAGAGAUAAUGUCCCCAGUAGUUGGCCAGAAGGCCAUAUCAUAUUCGCCUCUCAUAAUAGAGGUAAGCGUCUCGGAGCUGGAGACGACUUGGAAGCCCUCUGUUAUACAAUUGCAUUUAUGUACAAUUCGAACAAUGCGUAUUGGCAGACUGUCACCGAGGAUCCAUACCAGGCCGUUCAUAUGAAGGAAAGAAAACUCACUUAUCUGUUUGAUGGGCUUCCGCCAGUAUUUCGAGACUUUUUUGACUAUGUCUAUGAUCUUGACAUCACAGUGAUACCGGACUAUGAAUAUUGGCAGGGUUUAUUCCUAGAGACUGCAGAAACUUGGUGUUCUCGACCAAAAAAACACCUUCCAGAAACAUCGCUAGGAAGUUCUAAUCAUAACUUUGAGUCUGAACGUUGUAUACGACGUCGAAUUGAACAACAGGCCUGGUGA